GAAGAGAAAAAUGUUUUGGGUUAUGUUAAGGCUCUAACAUGUCAUCAAAUGUAAAUUGGUCGUAAUUUCCCAUAAAAACAUGAUGCAGUUUAUGCUGCUCUUUAGUCGUCAAGGCAAGCUAAGGCUACAAAAAUGGUACGUUGCGCAUCCGGAUAAGUUAAAAAAGAAAAUAACUCGCGAACUAAUAACGACGAUACUUGCGAGGAAACCCAAAAUGUGCAGCUUUUUAGAAUGGAGAGAUUUGAAGAUCGUAUACAAAAGGUAUGCUAGCCUAUACUUUUGCUGUGCAAUCGAGCAAGAUGACAAUGAGCUCCUCACUCUAGAAGUGAUCCACAGAUAUGUGGAAUUGUUGGAUAAGUAUUUCGGCAGCGUUUGCGAAUUAGACAUCAUAUUUAACUUCGAAAAGGCCUACUUUAUUCUCGAUGAGUUAAUGCUCGGCGGCGAGAUUCAGGAAACUAGCAAAAAGAAUGUUCUAAAAGCUAUAGCUGCUCAGGACCUUUUGCAGGAGGAAGAAACGCCGCAAGGUUUCUUCGACGAUCACGGGUUAGGUUAGACACAGGCUUCAAUUUCAUUCCAGUAUUUAGUGAUUUGUUUUUAUUACCGAUCGUUUCACGAUGCACUACCGUUGCAGAUUUGCCGUUAUUUUGUAUUAAGAAAUAAAAUGCACUAUG